AUGAAGCUUGGCUUGUCAUUCGCUAUUCUAUUGGCAAACUUACUCGCCUUCUCCCAAGCAAUAUCCCUUGAUACGAAUAAUGUUACAUCGAUACGAGAAGACUGUAAUUUGAUUGUCCAAGGGUUGCUCGAUUAUUAUGAGGGCACUAAAUAUGGAGGAACUAUUGGUGAGUUCUCGUCACCUUACUACUGGUGGGAAGCCGGUGGUGCAUGGGGUGGUUUGAUUGACUACACGUUUUACUUCAAUAAUGAUACUUUAGUUCCUUUGAUUAAAAAGGCUUUGGAAUACCAGGUGGGGGAUGACAAGAACUAUAUCCCAUUGAAUCAGAGUACCACCGAAGGUAAUGAUGAUCAAGGGUUCUGGGGGAUUGCGGUAAUGGGAGCAGCUGAGAGAAAUUUCAGUAAUCCUGAUGACAAGGAUUUAAGUUGGUUGGGAUUGGCCCAAGCUGUAUUCAACACAAUGACUGCCAGGUGGGAUCUGGACGAUUGUAAUGGUGGGUUGAGAUGGCAAAUUUUCCAGUGGAAUUCUGGUUACGAUUACAAAAACUCAGUUUCAAAUGGAUGUUUAUUCCAUUUGGCAGCGAGAUUAGCAAGGUAUACCCAAAACGAUUCGUAUGUCGAGUGGGCCCAAAAAGUUUGGGAUUGGAUGUAUGGUGUUGGGUUGUUGACUGAAGGUAACUAUUGGUAUGUGUAUGAUGGUGUCAAGAUUGCCAACAACUGUUCGGAUGUCACCAAAUACCAAUGGACAUAUAACCAGGGUCUUAUGUUGGCAGGUUGUGCCUAUCUUUACAAUUAUACUGAAGACCAGAAAUGGUACAACUACACUAUUCAGUUAUUGACCAGUGCCCAAGUUUUCUUCAAGAACAUAUCUGGAAGUAGUGUCAUGUAUGAAGCUGCUUGUCAACCAUCCAAUACAUGCAACAAUGAUCAACGGUCAUUUAAAGCUUUCUUUUCCCGAUUCUUGGCCCUUACAGCACAAUUGGUACCAGAAACUAAGGGAACGAUUUAUAAAUGGUUGGUAGAUUCUGCCAAUGCUGCUGCUGGAUCGUGUUCUGGAGGUUACGAUGGACACACUUGUGGUCUUUCGUGGACAAACUGGACCGUCGGUUACGACGGCUAUUACGGAUUAGGAGAGCAAAUGUCAGCCUUGGAGGUUAUGCAAAGUGUAAUGAUUUAUCAUGAUGCCCCUGCACCCUACACAGCAGAUGAUGGUGGUACAUCUGAGUCGAUGCCAGCAAGUGGGUACGGAACCACUGCUACUAAUGCCAAACCAUUGAGUUUGGACUCUGGUGAUAAGGCCGGUGCAGGUAUUAUCACUGCCAUUAUCGGGGCCUCUUUGAUUGGAUGCUGUGUCUGGUUGAUAUUAUAG